AUGACGGCAAAUUCUCGCUUGGAUCAUUGCAAAUACCAAGAUCAGUGGAAAUGGGGCCGCCAUCGGCUCGAAUACACAUCUGCCUUCAUUACCGGUGUAUAUGGUAUGUGGAACGUCUACGUGGUCGCUGUCCUAUGCCUCUACGCUCCUUCGCAUAAGUUCCGUUCCUCAUCGGGUCAGGCUCUGCUCGACCAGUUAUCGAUCAGUCAGCCAGUAAAUUACAUGGAUGUCUCUCCAGAUGCUGUGUUUACUGCGUCCGCUUCGAUGCCAGUGGCUGACAUAGAUGCCAGUGGCAAUGCAACGGCUUCGGAUGAGACGGCGCGAGUCGAACUGAAUCUCCAGCCUGGUAGCACUCGUAAUAUUAGAAGAUCAGGAGUCAGAAGUGGUACACAAACAGACAAGCCAAUGAGCGGGGACGGUCUUAGCUUCCUUCGCAAAGUCAAUCUCGAAUAG